UCAAAAACGAAUCGGUUCAGUGGCCAGUGCGUAAACUUUCGUCAACAUUUUUGCAAGUUUGUGUCAAGUAGAUGGACGUAAUUUUACAGAUCGCGUUUGCAUUUCACAACUGAUGUGAGCAAGACAUGUAAAGCUUUCGUUUUGGCAUGAGUAGAAACGAUGAAAGGGCAUCGAAAGAAAUGUAUGAGCAACGAACCGCCAUGCUACAUUUCCCGAUAAGACAAGAACUCGUUGGUAAGCGUUUUAUUGUGAUCACUGAAGAGGCGACUCGUCGCGGUGCCAAGAAUCAGGGCUUGGAAAACUAUAGUUGGAAACAAGGUUAUAUUCGUGCUUGUUCAGUCAAAGACAUACUUGACAAGGAAUUACAGGUAUUUUGAAUUGUCACAUAUAACUGUCUCGGAAUGAAAACUGCUGAACUGCAUGGAUCAAUUUGGGAAUUUAUCGAUUUAAUGACAUUUACAUUUGUUAUUUAUACAACGGCAACGGAAUUUUUAGUUUCGUAUUUUACUUUGUAUAUUGCGUUUAGAAGUAAUAGAUUCUUUUCAUGACAAAUAAGAGCAGAUAUAUAGCAGUUGAUUACAGCCUUUACAGUACACCGAGUUAUUUAUUAACAUUUGAAGUAUGCAUGACUGUCUGCACACACACAAACCGUGUCAAAUUACAACUUGUGCAAGCUAGUUACAUUGCUAUUGAAGUACAUUUGAAAAAUUGUUUGCAAAAGGUGGAACUUAAAUUGUGAUUAUAAAUUAGAUUAUUGUUAACUCACAAUCAAGUUGAACUUUUUUGAAGUGAUAGUUCCACAAAUCACAAGUCAUUUAUGUCAUCUAUUGCAGCUGUGUUAGUUGUAAUUUGCAAGUUAGCUGGACAUGCCAGUGAUAAGAUCCUACUGCACAUGUUGUUUUUAUACAUUUUCUUGACUGUAUUCACAUGGAAAGGGUCAGGCCAGACUUGCUAAGAGGUACAUUGAGAGAGAGGCGAGAUCCUGGGCUUACAUGAGAGGCCCCAUUAAGCUAAAUUCUCACAGAUGACAUUGCAUUGAAAUGGUGACAUACGAAAAAUAAAAAAGAUAUAUGAUUGAAAAGUCAAGCAAGAUUUUACGGAAAUUUUACACUUUACUGUACUGGAGUAAUCACUGAAUACAUACGCCAUCAAAACAUGCCAAUAAAAGAACGGAAAAACCAUCAGAACACACGGUACGGUAAAGUGUAAAGUACCCGAUUUUACAUAUAUACGAAGAACGUAACCCCCGGGGAUAAAAUUCUAGGGAGCCCCUUAAUGAACAAAAAUAUAUCAUAUUUACAAUAAAUGUAUCUGUUCAAAUUACUGUAUCACAAACGAAUGAUCAACUAAGACCAAUUAUAAUUACCAAUUAUAGUUACAGGUAAAGUAUGUGAAGCAUUCCUCUUUUUACUUCGUAACUCAUUUGGAAUUUUCCUCAUUAGCUUUGCAAAUUUGAAAAACUCUGCAAAUCCCUUGAGGAAAAUUUGGCAAUAGGGAAGCACAUUCUCGACAUCUACUAACAUGCCUGAUAAUUUCUCUAACUUCAUAACAAAAAAUUUUCAUUCUAAAUUUUUCUGUCAAGGUACUUGUUGAGUUUGAUGGAGCUAGCUGGGAGUACAGGCAAUGGAUAAAAAUAUACGAGCAGACAAAAGCAUUUUUUGUUGAAAGCACCGUUGUCUGGGCUACUAGAAUUUACCGCGGUAGUAACACUCAUCGAAGUACCAUAUCAUGGCCUGCUCUGGUAGGUUUACUCUGGUUUUGUUACUAAUUUUGUGUGUCUUCUCAUGCAACUUUUCAUGCAACUUAAAAAGUUCUUCUGUUCAACCUCAAAUUGUGUGGUAUUACUAUUAAACAAGCAAUAAGCAGACAUUCAGUUGGUAAACACUAUCAUGAUACCAAUUGCAUAAUUUUCUACACACGACCUUGAGCCCACCUGAAAUUUAACUUGGUUCAGAUGUCGAACUUAAUAAUUAUUGAAAAAGAUAAAUGGUAUUUAUGAUCAACAGUUGUCAUACACAUAAAUAUGGUUGGUUCAUAUGCAGUUCGACAUUUGAAUCCAAUUUGAACCAAAGUUGAAAUUCUUGACAAGCAAUGUUGAACUUUAUUGCUGGAUCGGUCCAAAAAUUAAAGCAAUCGAAACUAACUGAUUCAGACAUUGAUCUUCAUGUGAACCUAACUGUUGAAAUUGGGAUCGGCUCUGACGGUUUAUGUGAAGUUCGACGUUUGAACCAGGCCCUGUAAGUAGAGUUAGCUUGGUUCUCUUCUGUCCUUCGAAGUUUUUUUGCUUCCCUUGUUAAGACUAACACUUAGCUUUAGUCGUAAAAUAACUAUUAACUAAGCCUCGGAGAUCUUUGUCUAUUGGUUGUUAUUUCAUUACUAUAAUUCCUGUUUCUGUAUUUUAGAUCUUUGUUCCCAUAGUUGAUUACAUGGGUUUUGAUAAAGAUUCUAAACAUCCAGUCGAGUAUUUUGGUGACAAACAGUUGUAAGUAAUAUGUUCAUUUAAUUAUUUUGAUCAUUCAGUAGGUGAAAGUGUUUGACAGCUCAAUAGAUUAUUCCCCACUGGAUUGUAGAUUGAUUUCUUGAAACAUUUUUUCUGUGUUUCUAGGGCUUUUUUAAAAGAAAACGAAGUUGGAUUAUUUAAGGUACUAAACUGCCACAUGACAGACAUACAUACAUACAGAUGUAUGUACCACAGAAUACCACACAAAUUUACAUGUUCCAUAUCUUUUGUCAAAUGCAUAUAACAUAGCCUGUUAAAUAUUUUUUAGUAUAGUUUUUCAUUAUUUUUUCUUCCUGUGGGGUUUGGAUUUGGCAGAUUCUAUUAUUUUUUAAAUCGGAUAUUCUGUGGAUAAAAAAUAAGGAAUUUUAUUUGUUGUUUAUCCCGAUUAUUUUUAGGAAUUUUAUGAAAAUAUCUAUUUUUUGUUUUUAUAUGACCAUUGAGACUAAAAGUAAUAUAUAUUCACAAAAAUAAAGUAUAUAGCAUGUUUCCUUCAAAUUUUAUAAGAGAAAUAAAAAAACUGGUAUUCUGUGGUACUGUGAUAUUAUGUGGUACAUACACCUGACAGUGUAUAUAAUUUGCUUUAUUGUUAGUAUCAAUUCAAAACGAUUUUUCAUAUUUUUAGCUUUCAUUAGCUAUAAAUCUUCGUACUUUAAUUGAAAAUAAAUCUAAAAUUAUAAGCUAUAAUGUCUUGAUAAUGAAAAGAAAUCUCCAUAGCUUAGCCAAGGCAAUAUACUCUUCUGAGAGUGUACUUCACUAAAUCUGAUCUGUGCUCUUCUAAUUUUCCCAGGAUAGUGAAGAAAGUCUGAAUCAAGUAUUCUGUAUAAAUGCACUAGUUCAGGAGGAUCUCUUAGGAUGGCAGAGAUUACAAAAAACACAGGCUUGCUUAAUGAAAGGUAAAACAAAUCUCUUUCUAUGCCAAAUAUUUAGCCUAUACAGCAGUUUCUGUAGCAAUUUGAAUAAAUACAAGUUUUGGUCAGGACAAUCAGCUGGCUUAUUGGAUAAUUAGAAUCAAGGAAAGAUAUUCUAGUCAUACUUAAGGUUUGGGAGAGUGACUUUGGUAGAAUUUACUUUUGGCUGGUAAUGGUAAUGGUAAUUGGUCCUGAUUAUCUGUAUUUCAUGUUUUGAAUUAGGUGCAGAAACGUUAACUGGUGCAAGAGUAACUGUCUACAGGUAUAAUACUAAUAAAGGGAAUCAGAGACUGUAUAUACCUCCAUCAGCAAAUUAAGUCAUACAUGUAUCAUGCAUAAAUUAUACCAUGGGGCCCAAAAAAAUAUACCUGUAGUUCUGGUUUCAUAUCGUGAAAAAAAUUAGGGUCGGUAGGUCGGAAAUAAAUUAUUUUUAUUGUUUUGGCGUUUUUUUGCUGGGCGAAUUGCAGUAGAGUCCUGACAUCAAUGAAUAUUAACUAGAGAUGCGUAUUUCCUAUGGACGAAUUUAGGUAAUUUGGUUCAAUAAUUAGUGUGACAACAGACGCCAUUUUGGCAUGCUGUAUGAGCAGCCUGCAACCACCCGGAGAAAAUAAUAGGGUUGCACGGUCAAUCGCGUUGAAAAAAUAAUAGGGUUGGCAGAAAAAAUAGGGUCGGUCGGGAACCAGAACCACAGGUAUUUUUUUUAGGCCUUGGCUAAUUAUGCAUUCAAUUUAGUCUUAUCAAAAUUGAAAUUUGUCCUUGGGCGAUGCCCAGUAAAGCUAAUAAAUAAACUAAUUAACAAUUAUUGGAUGAGGUUUUUGUGAUAUGCGGAAUUAUCAAGGUCGAGGUAAGCGUUAUCAGCCGAGCCGAAGGCGAGGCUGAUAACGCUUACCGAGACCUUGAUAAUUUUGCAUAUAUUGCAAAAACCAAAUUCAAUAAUUGUUGUAUUAUACAUUUGAAGAAUAAUAAACAUAGUAUUUUAAUAAAAAUAAAAAAAUCCCGAAAAAAAGUUUUUCAUGCGUUAAAACGUAUGAAAAACUUUAUUUACGAAAUCAUAGCCACACCCAAUAAUACAUCAUUUAUAUUCAAUAAGAUUUCUGGCAAAGCUGUUCAAGUAAAACGUUUCUAUAAACAAGUCUCUGGAAGCCCAACAGUUAAAUUAAUUACAAAUACAAAAGAAACAUAUUAUCAUUAAGAUGUUAAUGUAUUUACUUUGUUAAUGUAUUUACUUUAUUUAAUUAAUGUAUAAUAAUAAAAAUUAAUAUGUGUGAUAUUUUUAUGUUAUUGUGCAAAACAUGCAGACCGACAAACAUACAAAUGUGGACGAAAGAAUAACCUCCUGGUGGAGUUAAAAAUCACAGCAACGAUUUACUUUCAUGUUCUGUGGUUUAAAUUAACUUAAAUGUCCACAUUUUGGUGUAAACCUUUUGGUGAUUCUUUACAAUCAUUAUUUCACAGUCAGGCGAGACUUUUUUAUUUAUUGGUUUACAGACUUGACUUUAAAAAAAACCAGGUUGAUAGGUGGGGAAAACAAUUUUAAAAAACACACUGAGUAUAUUUAAAAUCGAUGUUUUUAUCUUCUAAACAUUUAACUUCCGCUUGGAAAAAAUGGCGAAUCUCCACAUUGAUUGUCACAACAAUAACAUGAGCCUGCAGUAGUUAGAGUCAAAGUUUACUUGGCAUGUACUUCAUGCCAAAACCCCAAAUUAACUAAAAUUAACUAAAAUCAUAAAAUUGUUGACAUUGUUUCACUUUCUGAAUAUUUACGAUCGGCGGAUCCGUAAACCAAUGAAUAAAAAAAGUCUCGCCUCAUAGGAUAGUUUUAUGCUUCAUAUUACAUAUUGGUUUUCCAGUAAUGAAUAGUUACUAAAAUAAGUACUGAAAUAAUAUUUUCUGUUUUGCCAGGUUAGAACUACGUCAGUGGUACACUGGCUGUAUUACUGCUCAUAAUCUGACAACUAGGGUAAGUGGAGAUUUUUGCAUGCAUGCAGUUCUUGUCUUUUUGUAGUCUGUGAGCUGAACUGUAGAAUACCCAACCAUUUUUCUUUGUUUGUUUAAAGACGCAAUGAAACACAGGAAUGAUAUCAAAACUGUUGAAACUAAACGUUUAAACAUGAAAUAGUUUAAACAAGAAUGUGUUAUUUUUAGUCAUAUUUGAAAAAUAAUUUUGAGGAACAAGGCAGAGUUAUAAAUGCAAUUUUGAAGAAAUUGUUAAUGUUUACGAAAAAUUAAUAGACCUGUGUAAGAAUAAGAUGUCAAAAUCAGUGCUUGAAAUUUGCAGUACCGGGUAGCCUGGGACGGUUUUUCGGUAUACCGAAAAAUACCAUGAGGUCUUUUGAAAAACCGGUUUAUCGGUUUUGCCAAAGUCCAAGCACCGAAAAAAAUGGAAAAGGACGAAGAACCGGGAAAAACGAGAUACAAAUGCUAAUGUUUCAGCUAAUCCUAGCUGAAAACUUGUAAAUACGUUCUUUUAACAUUGUCUUCUUGCUUGUAUUUUUAUACCUCUCUAAGCUUUUGAUAUUAAGCAUCUAAAACUGAAAUUCUUCACAUAAUAAAUACACGUGCUACACCGUUUUAUGUCUGUGUGUUGUUUAUAGAUUAUUAACAACCGUUUUUUUCGGUUUUUACCUGACGAUUUUCGGUUUCGGUUUUAUUCAAGAACCGCCCCAGCCUUGUACCGGGUAUCCUGAUAUCCAGGGGACACCACACUUUAAACUUGGAAACUGGAUAUGAGAAGCUCAUUAUCCAUUGGGAUAGUAAACAAAUUUCUCUCCUACAUAGAGUUUUCUCUUAAAGAAAGAAAACCAAUUUUGAACUUUGCUUCAAAGUUUUGAUAUUGCCAAUUACAGUAUAGAUAUUAUCCAAAUGUGGGAUAAUAGAUAUUCUGGGUGUGAUACCAGAUUUCAAGUUGCUGGGAUCUCAUUGGAUAGUUGUGGAAAUUUCAAAUUUCAAGCCCUGAAAAUGGAUGGAUAUUCAUUUUUACAUAGUGUAUACUUUCAAUCCCAGCAUCAUGAUUUCAUCUUCUUCCGUUAUUUUUCUCAGGAACUUCAUGUAAUGGAUGAUAACGUCCUUCAAACACACCCAGUUGAUCCAGCCUUGGUUCAGAUCAAUCUCAUGGCGAAUGGUAUGUAUUAAAUAAAGUCACUUACAGUAUGAACUGUCCUCAUUGUGCAGCAUGAUAAUAGAUUUAGUUUUCAAGAUGAGUUUAUUGGCUGAAUGUCGCGUCUCUUGGGUGACAUUCUUGUGGCCCAGCCCACAGAUAAUAUUUUAGGUUGAAUGGUAUCCUUGCAACAUUGAUCUUGAAUUUUCCUUCAGCAAAGUUUUUGAAGUUGAACAUAUUGAAGUUGAAUAUUUUCGACAGAUCUAAAUUGGGAAAUUCAAGCAGUAAACGUAAUUGGGAAAAACGGCGUUUUACGCCGAAUGUUUUACCGUAACUAACGCCUUGAAGUACAAGACUACUAACUACAAUAAAAAGAAUCAACAUUUUGCCAGCCUGCAUAUUGGUGUUCAGUAAACCCACCUGUAAACAUUGAUCAAAACUUGUCCCCAGUCCUUCGUCUCGCUCGGCUAUUACUGCAAAUGAUUUUUGGUUACCUGAAGAUAUAUACAUAGAGGCAUAUUUUACUUAUUGAUGUAACGUUUGAUUUUCAGACGAUGAACUGCUUCGAAUAUUACAUGGUGAACAAAGCAAGAUGCUUCCUACAAGAAGACAGAGAAACGCUCAGAUAUAUUUCCAGGCCAAUUGCCCAGAGCAAAAACCACAAGCAGGAGUCACUGUAAGAAUGCUCUCAUCCUAUUUUUUGUAUUCAGUAAAUGGUGCCCCAGUAAAUUAUGUUUUCCGACAUUUUGGCGAACACUGCAAGGUAAUAAAAAUGCUAGAUGCGCGACCAGGAUUCAUAAUAAAGUUUGUGAAACGUUCUGUGAUCGUAAAAUUUAUUUCAACACGAGCUUUCGACUGCCAGCCUGCAGUCUUCGUAUUACUUUACCUGUCGAAGACUGCAGCCUGGCAGUCGAAAGCUCGUGUUUAAAUAAAUUUUACGAUCAGAGAACGUUUCACAAACUUUACUGCAAGGCAAGUAACGUAGUUGGCAAAAUUCUUAAUUCAUAACAACGGUUUGUAUUCGACCCAGGCGUUUAGCGAGGUGGCUGUUUGAAUUUAGACGGCCGUGUACACUGCGACUUCUAGUGCGAUUUUCGUCUUUUGAUGGAUGUGAACGAGCAGAUGAGUUAUGAAUGUUCUGAGUAUAUGUACCUUCAUUCUGCCCUCAUCUGAUCACUCCUUCACAUGCAUCAGGCCAAAAAAAAAAUAUGUGGGUUUCCGGUUUCUUCUUAUAAAAACUUAGGUAGGGUAGGUCGGUUUUAACUUUUUUUUUUAAACUUUUUUUUUAAUUUUCCGAACAAGCGGACGCCAUUUUGUUUAGUCAGUGCUUCCACAUCCAAAAAUAAAUUUCCCUAAUAUUGCCUCAAAUUUCAAUUUUCCACAAACUUUUUCCUCUAAGUGGAAACACUUACAACCAUGAUCCAAUAAAAAAGUUUAGGGUCGGGAUUUCGACGUCCAAAAGCUAGGUAGGGUCGGGAAACCGGAAACCCACAUAUUUUUUUUUUGGCCUCAGAAGAAGAAGAUAAUCGCAGCAAAAAUUUGUCCGAAUCUAUUUGUUCAGCUCGUCAUUCGCCCGCUUUCAUACGUCCCAUGUGCUUCGUGUGAAAUCAUCCAAAUUCGAGUAAGGUUCUGAAUUCAUCCUGUUCUAUGUGAACGGAGAUUAUCCAUGCACAAAUACAUAUACCAUGAUGUUUGUGGUGUUACUCUGAGUGUGCAUCCACGCCGGACAAGCUGAAAAGUUUGCCCGACCACGGUGGGAAUCGAAUCCGCGACCUUUGGGAUAUUAGUCCAAUGCUCUACCAACUGAGCUACGAGGUCAACUCGAACCGACUUGACCUCGUAGCUCAGUUGGUAGAGCAUUGGACUAGUAUCCAAAAGGUCACGGGUUUGAUUCCCACCGUGGUCAGCCAAACUUUUCAGCUUGUCCGGCGUGGAUGCACACUCAGAGUAACAUCACCAGUCCUUUGAAACUCCCAAAAUUUUAGAUCGGCAAAUAUUUUCAAAACAAAUAGGACAAUAAUUUAAUUUGCUUGCUGCAAAUAUGCAUUUUUAUAAACAGCAAUUAAUUACCAUCAUUGCCAAUAGCAAACAAAACAACUAACAAAAUGUAUGAACUCCAAUCAAACAGUGCAUGUUGUGACCAAAUGUUGUGACAAACCAUACACUACUUUCUUACCAUAAACUUUCGCUUAAAUCUUGACUCUCAACGAUUUUAACACGUAUAUGUUUACUUUUCAAAAGAUGCAUUCGCGGAAAAAAAUGCCGAGACGUAUUUGAAAGUAGGUCGGCAAAAUUUUGCCGACCUAAAUCUACACAUAUCGCUUUGCAGGUCGGCAUUUAGGUCGGCAUUGCCGAAUGUUUGAGUUUGAAGGACUGCAUCACAAAGAUCAUAUUCACCUGAGUACAUAACACCAGCACACACAAAAAGUACAUUUGCAGUACCAUGUUUCUAAAAUUUCUAGAAUUGGCACGUGGUACGUGACUUGAACGCACCUAAACCUGGUUGGAGUCGGCCGUCAGUUGUUCGGACCGUCAGCCACGGCAAGCCUGCCUUCGUACCGAGUGUUGGUCAAGAUCUGGAUGGGAGCCAGGAAACAUCGCCUCAGAGGUAAAAUAACUACACGCGUGAAAAUCAUCAUGUUGAUGCAAGUUGUUCAAAACAGGAGCGAACAAUGUUGUGCUGCACCCCGUAUUGUUAACAAGUUGUUGAACCAUCAACAUUGUUGCAACUUGUUAACAAUCAUGUCAACAACUUGCAACAGUACUGAUGGUUGAACAACUUGUUAACAAUAUUGUUCACGGGGUGCAGCACAACAUUGUUCACUCCUGUUUGAACAACGCCGAACAACCUGAUCAAUUUUUACCCGUGUAAUAGGGUAUAAACUCGUCCAGCGGUUUCUUUUCAGCGUAGCAUCGGUCAUCGGACAAUGUUCGGCCAAAUUUUACCUUUUGUCCGAUCAAAGUUUUUUUAUGAUCGGACAUGUGACCGACCGAUUUAGGCUCGUCAAAUAUCCAAUCUCAAAAAAUUGAUCUUGAACACAAUUUCAUUAAUGAAACCAAAGCAAUAUCAACGACACUCUUCCAUUAUUUCAUGGCUGCAUUAAGCCGUAAGAUUUAAUUACAAAUAUAAAUCGUCUUCUUAUAACAUGGUAGAAAUUAAAGUUAUGCUUGCGAUGUUACUCUGAGUGUAUAUCCACACCGGGCAGGCGUGAAAAAUAUGCCUGGCCACGGUGGGAAUCACAAGCAUCUUAUUCACCUGAGUACAUUACACCAACACAGCAAAUAUCAUAAUUAAAGUUAUGUUAUAACCUGAACCAUAAUUUACUGAAAAUGCAGUAGGACUUGUAGAUUUAUACUCAGUUUUAGAUGCACUGCAGUGCAGAUCAACAUGACCAGCCGAAAUACAUCAUGCUAAUAUGAAAAAGACCAUGAAAAAUUGUCCAUUGUCCGAGAAAAACUGAUAUAUGUCCGACCACUUUUUGUCUUGAUGAGACAUCUGUCCUUCCAAGCAAAAUAAUUAUUUGCAGGCCUGGCGUAGAUAGAUAUCUUGAAAUCUAGGUCGUUGUUUGUACAAUGAACUGCCGUGAUUUGUGUCUGAACUACUUAAAAAAGUUUAUCAAGUAGUUCAGAAACAAACCACGACAUCUUAUUGUAGAAUACUACCUACACUGGACCACCACGUUUGAGUUAUCUUUUUCAGCUAGUUCAGACACAAACCAUGGCAGUUCAUUGUGGAAUACUAUCUACACUGCACCCCAUGUUUGACAUAACAUCUCUGUGAUCUCGAUAGCUUGAAGAUACAAGUGUGGACAUUUGCAACCUCUUUUGGUGAAAGAGUUAUUAUUAUCGCAAUUUUCUUUGUAGUUUCCCCAAGCAGAAUGACCCUGCAUCUUCGAGCAGACAGAAGAAUGAUGGGAAAACCUCUGGUAGUCAUUCUACAACCAAAGUUAAAGUGCAUAAACCAAUACCUGUUGUUCUGAAACUCCAAGACACCUUACCUUUCCCCCAUUACGCACCCCAACCUGCUAGAUCAAGCACUUCCCCUCUACUGUCAUCAUUAAACAGCACCCCCUCUCCACUUCGAGCACAGCUUACCCCUUCUCCCCUGAGUGGCCAACAUACACCAUCACCUCAGUCUUUGAGCAAUCAAACCCCUCCUCAAAAUUCUAGAAAUGAGUCUCCAUUUAAUAUAGCACUCUGUGAUCAAUCAUCGGCUCGUGUUGCGGCCGAGAAAGAACUGGCGAGGACCAGAAAUCAUGAAAAUUAUCGAACCAAUCACAAUUCUCAAAGUACGCCUAUGACGUCAUCUCGAAAGUCGAGCGUUAUUGAAACAGCUGAUAAAGUCAAUUCCAGGCUAGUUCCCAGUCCAUCUAUCUCAUCGCAUCCCAUGCAGUUGUUCGCAACUAAUACUGAGGGUGGGAACUGUCCGAACUUUACCCUCACUAUAGAAACCACACGGAAGACGCCUCCUCAAAUUACUACAGGGGUAAUCCCGAGUGAAAGCCCAAGUGACGAAAAUCCCGUGCGGAACUCCUCUCCUGAGUCGGAAGCCCCUUUAACAGCGUUGGCUGAAAGUAGCCGGAACUUUGUACCUGGGGUUAAAACCCAGCGGAAAAAGAAGAAACCCCGUACAAAGGCAGCCCCCAUCGCGAAAGUGAUCCACCCGACCGUGGUGAUAGAUGAUGCCCCAAGCCAAUCUACAGUUGAGACCACCACGCCGCAACGUUCAACGAACAACUUACAAAACACUGUUAUCUCAACAGAACGAGGUCACUCAAGUCGUAUGGAAAACGAGCGAGCAAGAAACUCGUGUCGUAUGGAAAGCGGGGUCACGCAAAACGUGCACACGAAUCCUAUCAUCACGCAAACUAAAAACAUGCAAGCCAGAGGCACUCAAUUUAGUAACACGCAAGAGCGUUCACUCUUUACGGAAAUCCAGUGCGAAUACCUGCGGGUGAUGGAGGCAUUGGUGAGAUUUCAAUACAGUAUGAUCAUAGAAGCUUAUGAUACGAUAAACCAAACUCGAACCGAGGAGCAACGCUUUUCCGUUACAGACACAUUUUGUAAGUUCAUCGAACAGAACCGACAUACAGGAAACAUAUUUUGCGAAGCUAGUUUCGCCCGACAGGAGAGGCAACGUGUCGAGCAUGAGCGACAUAUGUCACAAGGAACAGCGGCAUCUCCCAAUCGUGUUACCAGUUGUCUACCUGAGGAAAUCGAGAGGAGACUGCGCUCAGCGGAAGAGGCUGUCGACAGGGGACGAAAAGAGGUUAUCAGUGUUGUCCUGCCAUUUGAAGAACGGCAACAAAAGAAAGGUCAAUAUAUGGAGUGGGAAGUUUUAAAACAACAACUUCAAAAGCAGCAGAAAGCUUCACAUAAUGAAAAGAUUCAAAAACAUCACCAUGUCGAGGAAAAAACACAGCCAGCUCGGCAAGGCCAAGCCGAAGCACAAAAACAAAAUCAUUUACAAGGCCAGCAACAACGUCAAGACAAGGCACAACAUCACAGUUUACCGGGAGUUUUCCCAUUGUAUUCUGAUUCAUCUGGUCAAGUCGAAUUAUUGAAAGAAAUUGAACAACAACUAAAGCAAGCUCGAGCACCAGAGGAACCACAACAAGCAAGCAGAACACAACCAAGCGUGAUGCAAUCACCACCUCAACAAGCAAAUCCACUUUUACACGCAAGUAGAUCGCAGCUAUUAAGAACUCCAGAAAACUUUCAACAGUUGCAACAAUUGUUACUGCAACGUACACAACUCUAUGAACAACAACGCUACGAAGAAGUACAAAGGAAAAGGGUUAAUGAGCUCCUUCAAGUGAAAGACGUGGAACAAAAGACUAUUUUACUACAAAACAUAGUAGAUGCAUUAGAGACUCAGAAAGCGUCGUCAAGAGAUGUUUUGAAAUCGCCACCUGCAAUAAACAGCAACUUUGGCAAUAGAUCAACAGAAAGCCAGUUGACAAAAGUUCAGACAAAACAAAGUCAGUUAGCUGCCCCAAGUGAGGUAAGGAUUGAUUGAUUGAUUGAUUUUGUUUGUGUGCACACAGUCUUAUUAUUAGCAUGACAAAAUUACUGGAUGCUGAUUGGUUUUAAUUACUGGAUGCUCAUUAAGUGUUUUGUGUCAACCAACUUUUGCUUUCACAAAAGAACUAAAUGAAAAUACGAACAAAAGUACCAAAUUUUGGUUGAAAGUCUGGCAGGACUGGGCUUUAGCGAGAGAAUAUGAUCUUGACGGAGAAGUAUCCAAUUUUGUCAUAUGCUAGCUAAUAAUAAACAAGUAAUCAUGCAUUCAUGCGAUGUUGCUCGUACAAUUAGGGAUUGAUAGUACUCGUGAUGUUUGGAAAUUUGCCAAAUUGGACUCGUCCAAUUUUGGUAAAAUUUCCAAACAUCACUCGUACUAUUAAUCCCUAAUUGUACUCGCCAUCGCAUGAUUACCUGUACAAAAUGCAAGAACCUUCCCACUUCCGCAACUCAUUUUGUGUAUUUCUGUAAUUUGUUCUAUUUUUCUGUAGCGAUUACCGCUUUAUCGGCAAAUAUCGUGGUAGGAUCCGGUAAAAUUUCGCUUUCCUUCCUUUAUAUACGUCAAUUUGUAGCAAUGAAUGCACCUUUCGUUAGAUUCUUUCCAUAAAAGUUACGAAACUUAGAUCUUAUAGCGAUAUUUGCUGAUAAAUCGGUUUUAAACCGCCGCUCAUAGUGUGUUCAUACUAUACAAAUUUAAAAUUACCGACUACAAUCAUUUGAAAUUUCGCAACUUUUAUUCAAAGAAUCUAACGAAAAGUGUAUCCUUUGCUACAAAUUGACGUAUAUAAGGAGAAGAAAGGGAAAUGCUACCGCGAUAUUUGCCGAUAAAGCUACGUUUACACGCUGCGAUUAUUAAUCGUGUACGAUUCGUUUUCUUGGCGUAUGUCAUCGAGUAAACUCGUGUAAGCUGGCUACAUUUGAAAUUUAUUUUUAACGAAACGGCAAUGAAUCAUGGCGCCAGCACUCAUUUUAACCAGCACUCAUUUUAACCAGUCUGUUGAACUCAACAACCUUGUAGCAAGUUGUCAGCAAGCCGCUGACAACUUGUCAACAAGCCGGAAACAAGCAGUGCGAACACAUCCUGUUGACAAGUUGGUUUUGAACAGCAUUGCUACAAGUAGUCUGCCACUGCUUUGUUACAACUUGUGUGCUUUUACGUUGGAACGUCCUAACCCAAAAGAUGAAAUACACUUCUCUUUUUCUCCCAGGUGAAUCCAGCGCAAGCUCAACAACAUAUACCCAAACCUCCAUUCCUAUCAGCAGAUCAGCUGUUAUCCAGCCUCACUACAUCAGCCGCAUGCAGAGUUACUGAAAAUCUUGCAAUUGCACCCGGCCUGAUUUCUGAAAACCAACCCACAGCAGGAAACACACAGGUCUCCGGGAAUUCGGAGAAAUCCAAUUUGGCGUUGGUUAUGAAAAAGGUUAGUUUCGAAUUUAUGUUACGUACUUACGCUCGGUUGACAUGAGGAGUAGGCGAAAUGAGAGCGAAAUGUCACACGAGACCAGCACCGCGGACAAAUAUCAAGGGUAUGCGCGAGUCUACGGAAAUAGCGGAGAAAAAUUAAAUACGGGAAAAAGCGGUUACCACUGUACACGUAUAAGGAAACGGCCAAAGGUCUAAGCUCCGGAAUUUCUUCGUAUCUUUGUGACAAGAAGAAGUUAUACUCUUUACACUCUUGUAAUUUUCCUUACACCUUCUGCUUGAGCUUUGUGAAGACAAUAUUUGUAGUGGAUUCAAUGAUUCAAUCUUAGGAUUCAAUGAUUCAGUCUAGGAUUCAAUGAUUCAAUCUUAGGAUUCAAUGAUUCAAUCUUAGGGUUCAAUGAUUCACUCUAUGAUUCAAUCUAGGAUUCAAUGAUUCACUCUAUGAUUCAAUGAUUCAAUCUAGGAUUCAAUCUUAGGAUUCAAUGAUUCAAUCUUAAGAUUCACUCUAGGAUUCAAUGAUUCAAUCUUAGGAUUCAAUGAUUCAAUCUUAGGAUUCAAUGAUUCAAUCUUAGGAUUCACUCUAGGAUCCAAUGAUUCAAUCUUAGGAUUCAAUGAUUCAAUCUUAGGAUUCAAUGAUUCAAUCUUAGGAUUCACUCUAGGAUCCAAUGAUUCAAUCUUAGGAUUCAAUGAUUCAAUCUUAGGAUUCAAUGAUUCAAUCUUAGGAUUCAAUGAUUCAAUCUUAGGAUUCAAUGAUUCAAUCUUAGGAUUCAAUGAUUCAAUCUUAGGAUUCAAUGAUUCAAUCUUAAGAUUCACUCUAGGAUCCAAUGAUUCAAUCUUAGGAUUCAAUGAUUCAAUCCUAGGAUUUAAUGAUUCAAUCUUAGGAUUCAAUGAUUCAAUCUUAGGAUUCAAUGAUUCAAUCUUAGGAUUCACUCUAGGAUCCAAUGAUUCAAUCUUAGGAUUCAAUGAUUCAAUCUUAGGAUUCAAUGAUUCAAUCUUAGGAUUCACUCUAGGAUCCAAUGAUUCAAUCUUAGGAUUCAAUGAUUCAAUCUUAGGAUUCAAUCUUAGGAUUCACUCUAGGAUCCAAUGAUUCAAUGUUAGGAUUCAAUGAUUCAAUCUUAGGAUUCAAUCUUAGGAUUCAAUGAUUCAAUCUUAGGAUUCAAUGAUUCAAUCAUAGGAUUCAAUGCUUCACUCUAUGAUUCAAUGAUUCAAUCUAGGAUUCAAUGAUUCAAUCUUAGGACUUUCGAGUACAAAGACGUUUGACCGCAUGUUCACAAGACCUGGUCAGGAGUCAUUUUAGUUUCUUUCCCCUAUGUUGAAAAUGCGUCCACAGUCUUGUCAGAAGCUUUGUAUUGAAAUGUUUUCGUGUCCAUUCAUCUUGUUUCAAAUAUAGCCUGACUUUGAGGUAUUCGUUCUAUAGCUAGCGAGAUGCCAGACUCGUGUAAACAGCAUUAGGGUGGGAUAAUUUGCGUACUUACGUACCGGAGGUGGUACGCCAAUAUUACGGUCUGGUACUUCUUUGUUUUCAAUCAAGUACCAUGUAGGCACGCGGAACUCUUGCUAUUCGCGUGCUUACAAUUUGCUCUACAAUAUGACCAGCAAAAAUUCUGAAACCGUAAUUAGGUGAUGUGCACUUGUAUAACGUCUGACAUGUCUUGGCAUGAAACAUGCAUAGUUAGACUGAUUGGACUAAGGUCUAAGGUAUGUUGAACAGUUGAAGUCAUUUGCAAAUGUAUAAUUUUUGUUCGUACAAUAAAGCUCCUUGUUCUAACUCGUAGUUUAAUUCAAGUCGCUCAAUGAAUACAUUGAAGAAACUUGUACUUUGUCUACUUCUUUUUAUACACCAAGUACACUGUACACAUUGAGUCUUGAGUUUGCACAGGCCAAGUUUGAACCAACUUAAGGGUACGUCGCAAUAACCAUUGAAGUACCAGUCAGGUACGACUAUAAUAAUCUUCAAUUUUCGCACCCUAAGCAAGACAUGCAAGACCAUGAUGGUUACGAAAUCGUUCCAUUAUGUUCAAUGAAAUGUGCAGUUUGUAUGGGUUUUUGAGUUCGUGGACUGUUUGUGGUACGUGUUUUUCUCCACUAAUGGCUCAGUUUCACAACUUGAGGCUGAACGACUGAAAGUGGCGUUUACCAUGCAUCAUUAUUUCAGGUAACAGAAUCCAAAGUAAGAUGUUUUUCCAAGUUAAUGAAAUUUGGUCGCAGGCACAAAAAACUAUUGAGCCCUGCCUGGCCUUCACCUUUAGGAAGAGCAGAUUAAACAGAACAGCCUGAACACCAUAAAGUGAUCAUGUUUUUCUUCUAGGAAAAUCCUGGAAUAUAUCUAUUAAGUGGAAGCACACCGAUAAUACCUGACAUCACUUCCUGUGUGGAUAUGUUGGGUGAAGCUGGGUCUAAGAAAGAUAAACUGGGAUCGGCUAAAGCAUCUAAGAACAAAAGUAGUGAUAAAAAACGAAAAACAUCAUCUCUCCUCACUCCUGGCGACUCAGAAACACUUCCGAAGCCUAAACGACAACGCAAAAGCACAAAGAAGAAGAAUGUGUCCGACAUUGCAAGUCAGGACAUUGCAUCUUCAGGCCCCCUUCCUGGUUGUGUCUCAAUUAAACAAGAAAGAUUACCGGUUAAGAGCGUUCCGCCAGGGAAGGUAUUGCCCGUGGCCAUGACAAGCGGUGAUCGUAAUGUGACCCCUGUUAAAGCAAACGAUGAUCAGUUCAGUCACGCGCAGUAUCAGCCCAGGUCAAUUACAAAAGGUAUCGGAUUUAUUCCAAUUAAUACCGUUCAUGAGGUAGGCAGUACGGUUACAAAUGCCAGUGUGACGUCGAAAGCUAGCGACUCGUUGGAUGUCUUGGCUUCUGUCAGUGCAUCGCGUUCUGUUCAAGAGACACAAGACGUUAGGAGACCAGCUGUUACAAGCGUCAUACAGUCCUGUAUUGGCAAGAACCGAUUGCCUCACGAUGGUAGUCGACAGUUUGCUGAUGAAAACCGACGAAGUUCCGAUAGCAACCCACAACUUGGUAAGACGAACCGACAACUUUUCGACGAUUUUCCGACUUCUACCAACGGUAAUCGACAACUCACCGAUGAAAAGCAACAGCAUACAAGCGAUCCUAGCAAGUCUACGAACGCUGCACGACUAGGUUCCGAAAGCGUUCCGAUAUUUGCCGAUACAACCCAAGUUACAGAGGUUGGAGUAUGUCAUACGACUACAGACGGAAGUCAAAUGUUUUCCGAUGGAAAACAGUCACAUAACGAAUGCAACCAACCAGCCACUGAGCGGUCUGUAGAAAGAAAUAUUGGUGAAGAAGAUGUCCAGUGUGGGGUUAAAGAUAGAACCGACCCUAUUUCCGACCAACUGGUCAAAAUUCAAAUUGCUCCUAACCCUAGUCAUUUGGUCAAGGAUAAAUCUGUCGACAUUAGUUCUGUAGGUUUGAACGGUUCUGUCAAUAAAACGAAAAAGCCAAGGAAAGAAAGACAGAAAAAGGAGAGAAAAAAGAAAAUCCAAGGACCUGGUUCUGCAGUUGAAACUACAUUCAAAACAAAAGACGUUGGUUCAAAUAUUCUACAGGAAAUGUCUCGUCUUUAUCUUUUCAAAGGUGAGCAAAAUAUUGGCGAGAACAAGUCUAAUGAAGUUUUGUGUGAACCAGUUCGACAGCUCAGUUCCACUCGCGAUGAUGAAAACAAAGCAAAGCUGACCUCUCAGAACGUCAAUGCUUUGUCUCUUGAUCAUGGUGGUCAAAAUGACGGCAAUGCAGCUACUAUUAAGAGUGCUGACAUUAAGAUGAAAGAAACGGACGAAGCUCCCGAACUUUCAACUUUAAAAAAUGUUGUGUUUGGUAGCUUAAAGAAUUCGGAUAUUCCUAAAAAGAGCGCAGAAAUGGAGGCGCAAGACAGCUCUAAGCCAGUGGAUCCUACAUUUGCAGUGAUAUCACAAAAUAUUCAAGCACUAAAUCUUGAUUACAGUGAAACGUCACUUUACAACAAGUCGACUGACGAGACGCCAAAAGUGAAACAGAAGAAGAAGGAGAUAAGUAGCGGGAAAAAGUCGGGAAAGAAAGAGAGUAAAAGUAAGCCUGAUGGAAGUAAGACUAAGAAGACGUCUGAAAAGAAACCGAAGACACCUCGAGGCAAUAAACAGGAAAAGGAAAGCGUUGCGAAAUCUGGCAAAAAGUCGAGUAAAGUUAAACAUGAUAAAGUAUUAACCAAACUCAAAGAAAUUGAUAAUAAGCAACCUGAUUUCGGUAAUAUUUCUGCAAAUGUUGAUACCGUUCAAUUAUCAUUGGGCAGUGAAGAAACAACUACGCUGAAGCUUUCUGUAAAUGAGAACAAUGCAACUAAAUUGCCUGCUACGACGUCUAGUGAUGGUGAAUGUAGUGAUAACAAAGUAAUAGUAAAUAGCUUGGAACAGCUUUCUGUGAGUGCUAAAGAAUCUAAAAAAUCUGACGAAAAAGCCGCGGACAAUAAGUCAACGCAACCAGUGGACGACACUGAAGACGUUUGUAGUAUUUUAUUUAAGUCACAGAACAGCGAACUGGAAUCGCUCAGAAACAACAAAGAUGAUAAUACUACUGUUGAAAAUACCUUGGAAAUAGCAGGGAAAGUUAAUGUUGCCGAAGCUCCAAAGAAGCAAAAGAAGAAGAAGACUGAUCUGUCUAAACCACAAACCAAAAAAUCAGCUAGUGAAAAAGCCAAGAAAAAACCAGCCAAAGAUGAGAAAAUUACAAAGAAUAAUAAAAAAGCUAGCAAGAAAUCAGAAAAGAAUAACAUCAAAUCUUUGGAAAAUAAUAGUAUAACUGUAAAGUCAGAAAACGAGAAAGGGACAGCUUGUGUUGCUAAAGAUUCAGUUAUGGCAGUUGAUGAAUUUGUGAGCUCUGCAGCUGAUGAAAGUGAGCAGAAACGUUUAGUACAAGAGCAAGGAAAAGAGCAGGCAGAAGAGGAAACUAACUCGGUUACCCCAGAGCUCGCAUCAACGGAUGCCGUCGUGAAAGCGAAUGGGAUCGAGAAACGGCGAGAGAGCGAAGAUAUUGUGUUUGUUAACGAUAAAUCUGUUGGGAACUUUGUUAACGCUCGGGAGGAAGAGGAAAGCGUGUUUUCAGAAAGUUUGUUGUCCAGAAAGAGAAAGCGUUGUACAAGUCUGGAGAGAAAUGAUUCUGUUGUCUCUGAGAGCAGUGGUAAGAUUUCUUUGAAUUUUUACAUUACAGUAUUGCUGCUUUACCCGGGGAACACGAUAAGUAGAGAUGAUUGAUUCUCCUUCAUUACUACAGCGUCAGAAUAAAUACGCAUCUAGUUUUUCAUGUCUCUGGGGAUGGUUAUGAAAUAUAAUUAACACGUGGUUCUAAAAUUUUCAUUCAGAUGUUGAGUCCUGUGUUCCUGUUGUAUGCAACGAAACAGCUGCGACUGAGAGCAAUCAAGCAUCUUCCAGAAAGUCCUCGGAAAAUGGCGAGAAAAAAGAAUCGAAAAUUCGCAAAAAGAAAGUCAAGAAAGAAAAUGAGACAAAAAAUGAAAGUGCUAUCACCUUGGAAACGGACACGUCAGCAUUGGAUGGCUCCAUGAAACAAGAUGAGAAAAAGGAAUCUGGGGCUGAAGCGAAGAAGAAGGUUAAGAAACCGAAAGAAAGUAAGUGGUUGCAAAGUUAUCUCGGAGAUAAACUUCAUUGUACAAAUGUUAUGUAUUGGUGGGUUUUACCAUGGAUAAUAAAAUACAUGGAUAGGAAACUAGCUGACGUGACCUAAUGUUUUCAAUGGGAUGAUGGCGUUGCAACCUAGUUGCAAACCAAAUUCUCAAAAACGGCAUGUUUAGCGAUAAUACAGCUAAACAUUUUAGUCAAAGAGCAAAUAAACAUGACUAAGCCAUUCUACGAUGAAAUCUCUAAGUAUUCCCGGUCAAUUUUAGCAAAUAUUUCAAGCACUAAACACUGAAAAAUGCAUCGCAAAUUUCGUAAAAAUUGGCGACGCCAAUUUCGUAGCUACAAAUGUUAAAAAAUACAAAACAAAGACGAAAAACACUUACCUUGAAUACUUUGUCGUGGCUUAGGCAUGUUUUUAAAACAAUUAGACCAAUUUAUGCUUCAAUAUUACUCUUUUGAAGCGGAAAAUAUAGCGAAACAACAAAAAUGCUGAAAGUUUUCGCAAUACACAUGACGUCACAGAUUGCAACUAGGUUUAGACUGUGACGUCAGGAAGUUUCCUAUCCAGUUAUUUUACAAUCCAUGGUUUUACCAAGGUCUAGAUAAGAUGUAUAAAAUUUGCAUUCUAAAUUUCUUCAAAAUUCUUGAACAUUUGUUCAAAAGUCUUCAACAAUCGAGUGAGUUGCCCACCUUAGUAUAUAUACAUGAACUAGCGAUUAGAGCUUGACAACUGGACUCUGUUAGCUCAGUCAGGGCCGCCGAGAAAGUUCGCGGGGCCCGGGGAAAAUCUUCUCUGGGGGCCCCAUGACAUCAUUAUUUUUAAGCCAGACCCAAGUCAGUCACCCAAAUAGACCUUAGCUAGACUGCAUGUGGAGGUACUGUAAGGGGACCUCAAUUUCAAAAAUGCUCUGACCAAUUUAAAGAACCUACUCAAUUUUAGGCUCUCUCUCUCUCUCAAGUUGGUGCCCUAUUAAGGUGGAGGCCCGGGGAAAAUUGCCCCCCCUCUCGGCGGCCCUGAGCUCAGUUGGUUAAAGCGCUGCACCAGAAUCGCAGGGCCGCAGGUUCAGUUCCUGCAGGGCCUAUAGUUGCAUUUUUCGCUUCUCGUUAGGUUCACACUCGAAAUGUCCAUCUACAAAAUCCUUUAACAUUAUAGUUCAACCGCGAGUGUGAGAUACCCAAAAAUCAUGUGUUUUACCAUGGAUAAUAAAAUAAAUGGAUAGGAAACUAGCUGACGUGACCUAAUUUUUUCAAUGGGCUGAUGGCGUGGUUGGAUGUUGGAAACCUAGUUGCAAACCAAAUUCUCAAAAACGGCAUGUUUAGCAAUAAUACAGCUAAACAUUUUAGUCAAAGAGCAAAUGAAUAUAACCACGCCAUUCUACGAUGAAAUCUCUAAGUAUUCCCAGUCAAUUUUAGCAAAUAUUUCAAGUACUAAACAGUGAAAAAGGCAUCCCAAAUUUCGUUAAAAUUGGGGACGCCAAUUUCGUAGCUACAAAUGUAAAAAAAUACAAAACAAAGACGAAAAACAUUUACCUUGAAUACUUUGUCGUGGCUUAGGCAUGUUUUUAAAACAAUUAGACCUGUAUAUGCUUCAAUAUUACUCUUUUAAAGCGGAAAGUAUAAGCGAAACAACAAAAAUGCUGAGAACUUUGCAAUACGCGUGACGUCACAGAUUGCAACUAGGUUCUUUUUGCUUACGUCAGCUAGAGUCCUGUCCAUUUAUUUUAUUAUCCAUGAUUUGACCAAGCAAUGCCGUGCAGUAGAUGGUGGUCAACGUGAGGACAUAAUGUCAACAAUGUCAAUCUUUUUUAUAGAAAAAGUUCGAGAGAAAAUUCAGAAAGAAGAAUGGGUUUACUUUCUUCAGGUAACUGCAACAGUGUAUAAGCCAAUUCGAAGUUUCCACUGAGCAUCCAAAUGAAGCGUCGGGCUAAAUUGUAGUUGAAUCAUGACAUGUAGCUAAGACUGAAAUAAUUAUAUCAAAGUAUUCAACUGUUCCAACUGUUCAAUCCAGGGGUGGAAAAAGUAACGGGCCACGAGACCAUUGGUCCCAAAACAUUUUUGAGUUCCCAAAAAAUAUUUCCCCAAGAGAAUAUUUCCCCAUUUUGAGUAUACAAAAAGUUGCUCAAAGAACAAUGGUUUCCGUAAGGUUGAUCUCUUUAAGUUAGAAAAUAUAUUCCACUGUUUAUGUUGUUUUAUACAGAAGACAAAAUAUGCUCGUACAAAAAAAUAUUUAAUUGACAGUUCUAUUGUAGCUACAGUAUAAGUGAAACAAAUAAUGAUCGAACAUUUGAAUACUUUCAUAAUGCAUAUUCUAAUUAUUCCAGUCUUAACUACGUGUACUGUUCAACUGCGAUGGCGCAUAACGUGUCAUUUGGAUGUGGAAACUCGAAUUGUCUUCUUUAAAACAAAAACACAUUUACACCUUCACGUUGAAGAUAAUUCAUAUUUUGUUUUUCUUCCAGCGCGGUGGUUGUAAAGCUCUGCCGUCCAUGCCUCAGUGUCGAGAAUGUCGUAAUUACGAAACUGAAGAGGAAGCGGUCUUGAACAAGAGUUGUUGUCGUUUUCAUAUGUUCAGAAGGUAAGCGAUUACACACCAAUACAAGAUAGUGAGAUAAAAACGAAACUAACUCUAUUUAUACUGGAUCGCUAUAUCAACUUUGUCUAAACUGUUCUCCCUAGAAGUUCGGUAAGGGUCAUUCCUAGUAAAAUUGAAGCCAAGAAUAUUCCAGCGGUUACCUCCAUUUGAAUAGAUGGCGGCCAUGUUGGUCGUUCCCACUCGCUAAUAAACGCUUAAAAACAACAAUAACUUUUAUCAUUUGAAUAGUUUAAAAACAUAUUUGGAAUGGGGUUAAGAGAUAGAAAACAUACGAAUCUUCUCAUUUCAUGGGAAUAUCCUGAGUCUGCAAUCACGGCUUCAAUUUUUGAAUUGCAGAAUAAUUAGAUGCACUAUCUAGUGUAUAUAAGAUAUCUAUGGGUCAUUCUUAAUCAUAUCCAGAUGACUGCCUUUUGCAGGAAUCGAACCACGGUCGCAAAGAUGAAAGAGACAUGUUAUUUUUAUUUUUUAUUUUUGACAAGUAUGUCAGUGUACACUAAAAUAAUGAAGCUUUUGGGUAUUUUUAUUUCUAAACGAAUGUUUUCACAAGUCGAAACAUUUUAAAGUUCCGUUUUAUUCGCCCACAUUGCGUUUUUGAAAGAUAAUAUUUUCUGUUAAUUGUCAAUAUAUUUGUUUUCAGAUGUCGAUCAAAAUCAAACAGGCUAGAAAUGGCUGGUUUCUCGUCUUCUGAACAUGCUCAAGGUGACGAUCUCUUGCCGUGGAUUGCAGGGGAAGAAAGUAAGUAUCUCAAAC